ACUAGUACCUAAAAUACCUUUUUGUGGUUUUUCAGGCGUUUAUGUGGGACUUGCCUCGUUUACUGAGAUGACGGAGCUGAGGAAGAAUCCAACCGAUGGUUACACCAACAUAGGCUUCAGUUUAGCGAUGGCUGCGAAUCGAGUUUCGUACUGUUUCGAUUUGACUGGACCCAGUUACUCCAUAGAUACAGCUUGUUCCAGUAGUAUGACUGCAUUCGUGAAUGCCGUAAACGACAUCAAGAUCGGCGAAAUAGAAAGUGCUCUGGUUUGUGGUGUUCACUUAGUUGUCGAUCCGUUCGAGUCGCUCGAGUUUCAUCGCCUCAACAUGUUAUCGCCUUCAGGAAGAUGCCAAGUUUUCGAUGUCAACAGAGAUGGCUACGUCAGAUCUGAAGCUUGUGUCUGUUAUUUCAUCCAGAAAGAGAAGGUCAGCAGACGUAUUUACGCAACGGUGAUGGGGGCGAAAAUAAAAGUAGAUGGGUGGACGGCGGAAGGCAUAACAGUUCCAUCUAGUGACAUCCAAUUGAUAAUGAUGAAAGAACUUUACGAAAAGGAGAAAAUAGACCCCAGUCAGGUGUACUACGUUGAAGCACAUGGAACUGGUACUCCAAUAGGGGACAUUCAAGAAUGCCAUGCUCUAGUGAAAAUGUUUUGCCAAAAUAGAAGUAAACCCCUUCCCAUUGGAGCUGUGAAAUCCAACAUGGGACACUCAGAAGUCUCGUCAGGGUUGUGUUCGAUCGCUAAAGUACUGAUAUCUAUGGAAACUGGAAUAAUUCCCGCAAAUUUACAUACCGGUAACAUUGAUAAUAAACUUCCAGGAAUCAGUGAGAAGAAACUACAGGUCAUCACUAAAAAUAUGCCUUGGAACGGUGGGGUGGUUGGAGUGAACUCUUUCGGUUUUGGAGGUGCCAACGUUCAUGUAGUUCUAAAAUCACAUACCAAAGAAAAAUCGAAAUCAUACAAACUACCCAAAAACCGUUUGGUAGUUUGCUCUGGAAGAACGAUUGAAGGUGUCAAUCACCUACUUGAAGAAAUAAAGGCGAAUCCGGAUCCCGAACUAUUUGCUCUGAUUGAUGAACUACAUAAAAUUAACAUGAGUGGUCACAACUAUCGGGGAUAUGCGCUACUGGGAGAUACUGUAACAACGGAACAUGACAGAUAUUCAAAGAACAGACCCAUUUGGUUCAUCUACACAGGAAUGGGAUCCCAAUGGGUUAAAAUGGGGAAAGAUCUAAUGCGGAUAGAGGUGUUCAGAAAGUCUCUCAAUAGAUGUGCUGCAGCUCUAGCUCCUUACGGGGUCGACUUGAUAGAUAUAGUGACUAACUCCUCGCCAUCAACUUUCGAUGACAUCGGUAAUUGUUUCUGCGCCAUUGGCGCUGUCGAAAUAGCUAUGACUGACGUUCUCCAUUCUCUGGGAAUCUUUCCUGACGGCAUAGCAGGGCACUCUUUGGGAGAAGUAGGAUGCUCGUACGCGGAUGGUCAGAUAACAACAGAACAAGCAGCUUUACUGGCGUACGCUAGAGGAUACGCUUCAAAAAAUACCAAGUUGAUUCAUGGCCAAAUGGCUGCUGUGGGCCUUUCUAAAGAAGAGUUGCUGAAAAUCCUUCCUGAAGAUAUUUACAUAGCCUGUCAAAACAGCAGAACCUCCAUGACCAUAUCAGGUCCUCAUGAGUCAACAAAUGCGUUCGUAAAGAAGCUCACCGAUCAAGGGAUAUUCGCAAGGCUGGUUAAAUCCGCUGAUAUAGCGUUCCACACCAAGUACAUUGGAGAUGCAGGAGACCUACUUCUAGACUUUUGUAAGAAAGUGUUGACAGAUCCAAAGCCAAGAUCCUCGAAAUGGGUGUCGAGUUCGGUGCCUCCCAGUAAACAGGACGAACAUUGGGCGAAGUACAAUUGUGCCGAAUAUCAUCAUAAUAAUUUCUGCAAUCCAGUACUCUUUGAUCAAGUAUACGAACAUAUACCUGAAAAUGCUAUAGUUAUAGAAGUCGCGCCUCAUGGGUUAUUGCAAGCCAUUCUGAAACGAGAACUUGGACCAGAUACCACUCAUAUUAGCCUUGGUAAUCGAUCCUGCGAAGAUAAUGAGAGAUUUUUCCUAUCAGCCAUCGGAAAGAUAUUUGUAGCUGGAGGCCAACCACAACUGAGGAAUUUGUAUAAUGAAGUGCAAUUUCCAGUUGGCCGCGGAACCAAAAUGGUGUCUCCAAUGGUGAAAUGGGAUCACAGCAUUUCUUGGUACGUCCCAUCAUGGAAAAAUAAGGACUGUUUUGGAGAAGUAAUCAGUAUCGACCUGUCUACAGAACAAUAUUCUUUUCUAGCAAACCACGAUAUUGACGGUCGAGUUCUGAUGCCGGCAACUGGUUACCUGGAGAUGGUAUGGAGUGUAUUCGCGAAAUUGCACCUGAAGGAAAUAGAAGAAUUCCCAGUGGUUCUGGAGAAAAUCAAACUCAAACGAGCGUCAGUUCUCCCGCAUGGUGAAGUCGUCAAAUUUCUGGUGAACAUCAUGAAACAAUCAGGAUAUUUCGAAAUAUUCGAAGGGGGUUCGGUAGUUGUCACUGGAACAAUAAGAGUACCCAAGGAUAUUUCCAGUGAAUUUUCCGAAGAUUCUCCAGUUACGGGAAAUAAUUGCUACUUGAUGAUGAAAAAAGAAGACUUGUAUAAAGAAUGUCGGAUGAGGAAAUAUAUGUAUAAGGGUCCCUUCCAGAGGAUAACAGAAUGUGACGUCCACGGAAACCACGGAAAAAUCGAAUGGUCCAGCAAUUUCACCAUUUUUCUGGAUACAAUGCUUCAUAUAAAUGUUAUCAGCCAAUCCAAUAGGGCUUUGAUGCUGCCUACAUCGAUUUGUCAAGUAACAAUUGAUCCUGUCAAACAUUUGAAGCUGGGAGAUACAAAAAAAGAAAUACCUAUCACUUACGACCAUGACCUGAAUAUCAUCAAAUCGGGAGGUGUAGAAUUCAUCGGAGUGGAGACUUCGAAAGCCCCUCUUCGGCAAUCCAGCCACAGUGAUCCCCUUCUUGAAACCUGUGAGUUCAUCCAUUACGAAAAAUUUCGACAGUAG